AACCACUCGACUGUGGAUCGACGGUUCGCGGGCUCUCUGGGAUCCCAGUCGACCAUCAGGAAUGGGAGGAGAGGCUCCGGGCCUGGAGCCAAACACCCGACUUCUGGAGACAAGACGUUAAAUAUUGAAAGCAACAGAAGAAGCUGCUGAAGAAACCUCAUGUUUAACUUCUGUGCUGGGUCCUGAAAUGAUUCACCUCUUGUGAUUUGGAGCUUCUCACCUGCUGGAUUACUCCCAUUGAAGAAUCAGGAGUUAUUAGAGACGAAAGAGAAGUUUCAGAGUGAGCUGUUAUCUCGCUCACCUCUGGAUCUUGGCUGCGCCCAGCAGAGCUGAUAAGCUAAAAGCAAAGAAUCAAUAGCAGGAAAAUCAGAGCUCAGCGCUCCGCAGCCAUGAGUGAGGAAGUGGAGAUAUCAGAAGAGAAGGACUGGAGGGAGCUGGAGCCCAACUACCCCCUCAAAAUCUUCCUGACCGUCUUUUACAGCUUCAUCCUGGUGACUGGCAUUGUGGGUAAUUCGGUCACUAUCAGAGUGACGCAGGUGUUGAGGCGCAACGGCUACCUGCAGAAGAACGUGACGGACCACAUGGUCAGCCUGGCGUGCUCGGACCUGCUGGUGCUCCUCAUCGGCAUGCCUGUCGAGCUCUACAGCGCCAUCUGGUUCCCGUUCUCGUCCGCCUCGGGCAACGUUUCCUGCAAGAUCUACAACUUCCUGUUCGAAGCCUGCAGCUACGCCACCAUCCUCAACGUGGCCACGCUCAGUUUCGAGCGCUACGUGGCGAUCUGCCACCCGUUUCGCUUCAAAGCACUCGGUGGGAAACGCACCUCCGCCCUCAUCACCUUCGCCUGGCUGGUGUCGGUGCUCGUGGCCCUGCCGCUGCUGAUUGCGACGGGAACCCAGGGGCACAUUCCCGUCCGCUCAGACAUACCCGCCCAGAAUCUGACGUUCUGUACAAACCUGCGGGAGCGCUGGGUGAUGUACCGCAGCAGCAUCUUCAUCGCCUUCAUCAUCUACAUGAUCGUGUUGGUCUGCGUGGCCGUCAUGUGCCGCGCCAUGAUCCUCGUGCUCCGGAGGCCUUUGGGUGGCCCGGACGGCGACGCCAACGGAGCUCCAGGAGCCUCCAAGCAUGAAAGUGCAAAGGUCAAGACGUCCAGGAAGCAGACCAUCAUUUUUCUUGGUCUCAUCGUCGGAUCCUUGAUGGUCUGCUGGCUUCCCAAUCAGAUCCGUCGCCUCAUGAUGGCCGCCGUGCCCAAGUCCCGCUGGACCACUUCCUUCUUCCGGAGCUACGUCAUUCUGCACCCCGUGGCCGACACCUUCUUCUACCUGAGCUCCGUCAUCAACCCGUUCCUCUACAACCUGUCCUCCAGACAGUUCCGGGAGGUGUUCGUCCAGGUGCUGCGGUGCCGCCUCACCAUCGAACACGUCAACAAGCGAAACGUACGGACCUCCCGCGCCGUCUCCGCGCGCUCCCUGCAGCCGCUGCUGAUGAAGUCUCUGCGGCGCAGCAAAGCUAACCGCUCCACCGUCGCAGAGGAGAAACAAGCUCCAACCUUCAUCACCUUCCGGCAGGAGAGCGACUCUGGAGUGGCUUCAAACACUCUGACUGAAGAGUCCGAGUCGACUCGCACGACAGACACACAUCAACCAUCAGAGUCUGAAAUAUAAUCCUUUAAUGCAACACGGUUAAAAAAACAAAAGAUGCAGAAAACAAACUCAGAUAUCUCUCGUACACAGGAAACACGGUUCAAAGUGCUGCGUCGGUAGAUCACGCUCAGAAACAAGCUGCAGACUUUAAACUCAAGGAAAAUGAUAAAACGCAGCUGAAAUAUUCAGUAAAGCAUGAAGCUCCUGCAGCUGGAGUGAAAGUGGAGUUUUUUUGACCACUAGAGGUGCUAAAGCAGCUCAGUCGAUCCACGAGACGUCAGCUGGAACGUGAUGGUUUGUUUUAAUAUGUUAACUGACAGACGAAAUAAAGUCGUGUUUGUAUCCUGCAUGUUUCUGUCAGACAGUUCACGAGUCGACGCUUAAGUAUAUAUAUCAGCAUUUUAUAUCUACAGAUGACACGUCUACAGAGCUCGUAGGAAGGUGCAGAAUAAAAUCUUUUACCAUACAACGUUA